AUGCCCGCCGCCCCGACCCCGCCGCCGGCCGCGCCGGCCCCGGGGCCCCCGCGGCCCAGCUCCGCCAGCCCCGCCGGGCGCCCCCCCGCCGCGGGAGGGGGGACGGGGGCCCCAGUGGCGGGCGCGCGGGCGAGCUGCGGGCGGAGGACGGGGCCGGGCGGCUCAGCGGGAGGGCGAGCCGGGGGCGCCCCGGGGCCCCCGCAUGGGCGACCCCGGGGGCGCGGCGCGGCCGCCUCGGCCGCCGGGUUGCCCGCUCUGACGGGCGCCAUUUUACCGCCUCGAGAGCCCCACAGCGCGCUCGCUCCCGCCCGCCCGCCCGCCCGCGUCCCCUCUGACGUCACUUCCGGACGUGACGUGGGCCCGCCCGACCCGGAAGUCUGCCUCUCCGCGGGCGGAGAGGGCGGCGCGCGUGCGCGCAAUCAACUUCCGGGCGGCGGCGCUAAGAAACAGCCCGUCAGACUUCGAGUUUGCGUGCUGGAAGGCGGGCUUAGCGACGUCACUGUCCCGCGACGCUCAGUUUCUUCCUCCCCCUUGACCUCCCCAACGGCUCUCGCUCGCCUAGUCGCGCUGCAGAGACGGAGAAGGGGAAUUGCCUCAGGUCGCAGCCGGGAGGGGCGCGGCCUGGCCCGUGACGUCAUCCCAGGGCGCCGGCGAGGCGUCGCCUCGUCCCGGGGAAGGAAGAUGCUGGACUCUGUGCUGGCGCGCGACGGGCUGCUGCUGCUGCGGGGACGCGCUUCUCCCCCCCCCUCAGACGCCGCGGCGUGGGAAGGGCGCAGCCUCCUCAAGGCGCUCGUCAGGAAAGCCGCGCUGUGUGGCCACCGCGUCCACGUCCUGGGCUGUGAGGUGAGCGAGGAAGAGUUUCGGGAAGGUUUGGCCUCCAACAUCAAUAGCCGAUUGGUUUACCAUGAUCUCUUCAGUGAUCCUCUCGGCUGGUCAGGGACGGAAGGAGCAUUCGUGGGGGAUGUUCUGGGAACCUUGAGAGCCAUGUGCAGGAAGACAGAACCUGGUCCUGUCACCAUUGCUCUUGAUUCGCUCAGCUGGCUACUUCUUCACUUCCCCUGUACCACAGUCUGCCAGACUCUUCAUUCUCUCAGCCAUCAGGAUUCUAGCCCUGGCGACCGCUCCUCAGUCCAGCAGGUCCGAGUUUUGGGCCUCCUGCAUGAAGAGCUCCACAGCCCAAGUCUUGUGGGAGCCUUGAGCAGCCUUGCCCAGUCUGAGGUGACUCUGAGCGGUAGAAUGAGCGAGGCCUUGACCGCCAACAUCUUGUGUCAGAAAGCUGGACAUCGCCCAAUCCAUCAGACUCAGUGGUUCUCCAUCUUGCCUGACUUCACCGUGAGUCUCCAGAGGGGACCCUCCCUUGAGUCUCAGCCCCUUUAUCCUCACAAACAUCAGGUGGACCCCAUGACUCAUCUGACCUUUAAUCUUCACCUGUCUGAGAAAGAGAAAGAAGCCAAAGACAGUCUGGUCCUGCCUUUCCACUUCAGCUCUGAAAAACAGCAGGCCUUACUGCACCCUGGGCCAGGUCAGGCCACCAGCCACAUUUUUUAUGAGCCAGAUGCUUACGAUGAUCUGGACCAAGAAGACCCAGAUGAUGACCUGGAUGUUUGACCGGCCUCUCGACUGUAAUUCAAUGGAAGGAAGACCUUGGACCCAUAAACUAACCCCUGCAACGCCUGGCCUUUCCUCCCUGUCCUUGCCCCACCUUUCUUCCCUGUGGCUGCCUGCCCUGUGACCCAAGCAGCAUCCAGACCGUGAAAAGAACGCGUUAUCUUUAUGUCUGUCUGUACACAUAUACGGAAACACACACC